AUUAUGUCAGUUGGUGAUCAAGAUAGAAUUAAUUCAUUCUUGGAUAAGCUUGGUAAUCCGGGAAAAUUUCAAGUGAUUUCUUACGCUAUUUUAGUCACGAACGUUUUUUGUGUGAUCUCCAAUCAUCUUAGUGCGGUAUUUUACACCGCAAAGACCGAGUUUUAUUGUCGUGCGAAUUAUAAUGAAAGUAAAGUGACACAGUUCAAUCAUGAAAAAGAUGAAUGCUCAAUCAAGUAUAUAAAAAAUAAUGUCUCAGUGACGGUACCCUGUAGUAACGGAUGGAUUUAUCGUUUAAAACACGGAGAAAAUACUAUAAUUUCUGAGUUUAAUCUUGUAUGUGGUGAUGCAUAUAAAAGUGAACUUUCAACAACCCUCUAUUUUGGUGGUGUUCUGGUUGGUGCCUUGCUUUAUGGCGGUCUUGCUGACAAGUAUGGACGAAAACGUUGUCUUGCAAUAGCUCAGGUUUUAUCUGGAGUGUUGAGCUUUGCAGUCGUUUUCUUCAGAUAUUUUUACGCUUAUGCUGUGCUAAGGUUUUUCCUAGGGAUUCAGUUGCAGGCUUUAGACAUGGUAUCUUUCGUUCUUGGCAUGGAGAUGUGUACGACAAAGUAUCGUGGGCUAGUGGGUGUAGCUUUUGGGAUUUUUAGUAUGGCUGGUGGGGGUAUCCUUGGAGUGAUAGCAUUUUUCAUACGUGAUUGGAAAUAUAUACAGCUUACAUUAUCAUUUUUCCAUUUCAUUCAACUUUGUUUAUUAUGGUUUGUACCUGAGUCUAUUCGUUGGUUAAUACUUCAUGAAAAGUUUGAUAAAGUGGAGAGGGCUAUCCAACGCAUCAAAAGUUUUAAUAAUCUUCCACAAUCUGCUGACGUACUACAGGAAAUAAAGAUGUUGAAAGAUCGAAGAAUGAACGACUUGGCACGAAAGGGAAACAUUGUGGAUCUCUUCAAGUCAACAGAAUUAAGAAAGCGAAGUUUUUUAUUGUUACUUGGAUGGUUCACUGUUUCUGCAGCAUAUUAUGGUUUAUCUUUUAACAUUUCGUUUCUAUUUGGUGAUAAAUAUCUCAAUUUCGGCGUUGGUAUUGUCAUGGAUACAUUAGUUAUAUCUGCGUUGUUUUGGGCCUUACCAAGGUUUGGCUGUCGCAGACCUAUCGUGUUACUUUUUGCUGUAUGUGGAAUAGCAAAUUUUGUUUCAGUAGCGACAACUGCUGUUCAGUCUGAUAAACUAGUUGUUAAAUUGCUGGGAACUGUCACGUCUCUUGUUGGAAAAUCGUCAGCCAUUGCAAGUUUGAAUGCUUUGGCGAUAUUCACAGCCGAACUUUAUCCUACAGCUAUAAGAAAUGCUGCUGUGGGAUUUUGUUGCGCAUGUACAAGAAUGGGUAGUAUGCUGGCAUCACAAAUAUUUUUAAUUGGAUCUUACACAGCAGUUUAUGUUCCAUUUGGUAUACUCGGAGUCCUGUCUAUCAUAAGUUGUGUGUUAGUCCUUUAUCUUCCCGAAACUCACAAUGAGGCGUUGACAGAUACUUUACACCGACGAUCUUCUGUUCUCGUUGAAGAAGAUUUCUGUGAUGUUGAUACUAAGGAUUGCACUGAAGAGAAGCAUCUUGUUCAAGAAACAUCUUUGUAGUUUUAAAUUGUAACAUAAAUUUAUGGAAGGAUUAGCGAAUAUGUAGAUGGAUUUAUAGGGAUUAGAUAGGUGGGACGAUAGGAUCUUGGGACUUUCGGUCCAGCCAGCGUGGCUUUUAAAGUUGUAAUUGGCCGAUUUCUUAGGUAAAUAUUUCUGAAGGAGUGGUAAAUAUAUCUCGAAUUUGAUAAAUUCGAUGUUGAAACUCUGCGAAUUUUUAACGAUGUUAACUUCAAACUCGAUAUUAACUAUUUUGAUGAAUUAAAAAACUUUAAACUUCUGUA